AUGAGCGGCUCAUCAACCCCCCGGGGCUGCGGGAACCCAUCCGUGGGAUCCUUUAGUAAGUUUGAUCCCAAGCUAGCCCCUGGUCAUGACCGUGCCCGUCAACGGACCCAUGAAUCUACCUGGGUCAAGCUUGUCGAGGCUGUGCCAAAGGACGAGGAGGACUGGCGCUUAGCAAGGCAGAGUCAUGCCUUCAGCAACCCGGAGGAGAUGGUGAAGACAUUAGAAGAUCUCCUUGAUGGUAGAAAGAAGUCUCAGCUUUACAAGAUCGUCUACCUAGCAAGUCGUUACGCCAUCCUUAAUGGCGAUCCCUCCCGGACGGAAGCGAUAUACUCUGACCUCCGAGAGUGCCUGGACAAUCCCAACCUUGAGGACAAUAUGUUGGACAUUUACAUGGCCUCGGUAGUGAAGUUUAUCAAAGCCCUCGAUGACUUAUUCUUGAAGGGUCUCUUGCACCGCGCUUUUGAACUUGUCCUUUACAUACCGAUCAACAUUUCACACUUGCGUCUUUACGGACCCCACAAAGAACGAUUUAGUACUUGCUUCUCAAUCCAGAAGCCUCCCGCCGAAAUCCAAGGAUCUCUACUACUUUCUAUUCCCUUCCUAGUCCACUAUUUGGUCCCCGAGCUCAGCCUCACCAGCAUCCAGAAUGCUUUUGGCACCACGAUACAUAGUCCUGCAGAAUAUCGCGUCUUCGAGGGCGCAUUGCAAGGCCUAUACAUGCUUCCUCGACUUCCGCCGCGUCCCAUUGAAGUCUUGAACAUACCCCAGAGUCUGCUAUCGGGCAUAUCAGAACUGGUGACAAAACUUCGUGGGUAUAACCCCAGGCCAUCAUAUGUUCCAUCGAACACUGAUAUGUAUUGCUACCAAUGGCCAGACGAAAAGGGUUGUCUAACAGAUGAAUUGUGGAAUGUCUUGACCAGCCAAAGCCCUCUCAAAGAAGGAGAACAUCGCCUCAGUAAGCUAUAUGCAAUACAUCACGACAAAGGACGUCUCCCCACUCCGGAACGCCAUGUACAUGUUCUUGUACCUGUAAUUGACGCACCUGUUGCUGUAUCCCGGGUUUCGCCGGAUCCAGGUGUGCACGAUAGAAAAUGGAGACAUCAGUGGGAAGCUGAGCAAUGCAUCGUCAUGCAGCCGGGCACAGUUUUACUGCCGGAACAACCUGUCGAUUACUUAGCCUUGUUAUUCCUGAUAACAAGCACCGAUCUUGUUCACAGAGCAGUAGUCAGGCCAUAA